AUCGCGUAGAUACCUUUUUCUCGAUUUUGACAAUUUUUUAUAUUUGUUUCUUUUUUUCUUUUUUCUGAAAAGAAAAUAAUUUUAACGUUCCCUUUUCUUCUCACACAGUGUCCUCUCAAUUUCUUUUUCGACGAACCUUCAUUUCUCAUUUUUCUGAUUUGAUCGCUUCGAAGAACGAAUCAAUUCAAGCCUGCGCCAAACCCUAGAAGACGACAAGCCACGACGACGAAGUCGAAGAGACGACGACGACUUAAUCAAAGUUACGAAGAUCUUAUAUAUAUGUGUAACAGCUUCAAUCUUCAAUCGAGCUUUCAAAUUUUCAGAUCGUGAAACCCGAAGCUUAAGAAAAACUCUUUGAUUCGAAAGCUAUGAGACCGAUUCAAUCGCCUCCGGGAGUAUCCGUUCCGGUUAAGAGCCGUCCCCGUCGCCGUCCUGAUCUAACCUUACCUCUUCCUCAGCGCGAUGUUUCUCUCGCUGUGCCUCUUCCUCUCCCACCGACUUCUGGUGGCUCCGGCGGAUCUGCCCCGUCUUCCGGUAGUUCGGCUUCAUCAGCUACGUCCACGAACUGUAACAGCUCUUCGGAACCGAAGAACUAUUCGGAUUUAGUGCGAGGGAACCGGAUCGGAAGCGGAGCUGGUGGAACGGUUUACAAAGUGGUUCACCGUCCGAGUUCUCGCCUGUACGCACUCAAGGUGAUAUACGGUAACCACGAGGAGACCGUGAGGCGUCAGAUCUGUAGAGAGAUUGAGAUUUUGCGUGAUGUGAAUCACCCCAACGUUGUGAAAUGUCACGAGAUGUAUGAUCAGAACGGUGAGAUCCAGGUUUUGCUUGAGUUUAUGGAUAAAGGAUCUUUAGAAGGUGCUCAUGUAUGGAAAGAGCAACAGUUAGCUGAUCUAUCUCGUCAGAUUCUUAGUGGUUUAGCUUAUCUCCAUGGCCGUCACAUCGUUCACCGUGACAUCAAGCCUUCGAAUCUUUUGAUUAACUCUGCUAAGAACGUUAAGAUUGCUGAUUUUGGAGUGAGUAGGAUCUUGGCUCAGACUAUGGAUCCCUGUAACUCGUCUGUAGGAACCAUUGCCUAUAUGAGUCCUGAGAGGAUCAACACUGAUCUGAAUCAGGGGAAGUACGAUGGUUACGCCGGAGAUAUUUGGAGCUUAGGUGUAAGCAUUCUGGAGUUCUAUUUAGGGAGGUUUCCUUUCCCUGUGAGCAGACAAGGUGAUUGGGCAAGCCUCAUGUGUGCCAUUUGUAUGGCGCAGCCGCCCGAAGCUCCACCGACGGCUACACCGGAGUUUAGGCACUUUAUAUCGUGUUGCUUGCAGAGAGAACCAGGGAAAAGGAGAAGUGCGAUGCAGCUUCUGCAACAUCCUUUCAUAUUAAGAGCAAGUCCGAGCCAGAACAGGUCUCCUCAGAAUCUACAUCAACUCUUGCCUCCUCCUCGUCCUCUGUCCUCUUCUUCUUCUUCUUCUCCAACCACAUAGCGUUUUCUCUAUAUCUCUCCUCUCUUCAACUUACAUUUUUUGUUUUGUGUUACUACUGUUCUUUUUGAGUCUUUCUCCAAUUUUUGUGUAAGCUUUUCUUUUCUUCAUUAAUCAGUUACUAAUCAAGAAGGGUCUAUGAAUCUUUACAUUUAUUUA